UUCCCGCCAAUUUGUUAUUCACAAUCACGACCACGAUCCAGAACAUCACCAAGCAACCGGCUUUUAUUAAAUUUAUAUACAUAUACUAAGAACUUACGCAAAAUAUAAAUUGUAUAUAUAAAUAAUAGUAUUACUAAUAAUAAUAAAAAGGUAAUUGUAUUAAAUUUAAAUUAAAUAAAUUAUUUAAACGAUGCAACAGCCACCAAAACGUCUGAAAACAGCAGAUUCACAUCUUGGCGCAAUUGCUUCGUCAAUUGAAGUAUUAGGAGACACAAUAAACUCAAUUGGAGAGUCACAUCGUUAUUGCUUAAAAGUAAACAAGUUAAUUGUGAAACACAUUCGUGAGCAGUCGGAAGGAUCCAAGGCUGUUGCAUUGAAUUUAUCAAAAGUAGACACCAACGAGCCGUAGGAAGAAUAUAUAAAAAUAGGUGUCAAGAUUAAAAAAUGUCUGAAGAUUCAUCACAAGCGAUAUCAUUUGCCAAUAGUUAUUUUGCAUUAGCUGAUGGCUUAGUUUCGGAUUUUGAAAAUUAUCUAGCCGAUGACGUUAUUCUCGAUUGGUUUGGGCAGACUAUCAAGGGCCGUAAAAAUGUAUCAGCAUUUAUGAAGUAUAGAAAUAUUAAUUCCAGACAUAUUAUUGAUGAAAUAAAUUCUACAUCUUCAAUAGAGUAUCGCAAACACCGUCCAUUGCGAAGAAAAUAUUAUUCAAUUGGUAAUAGUGGGAAUAAAACAAUCGAUAUAGAUAAUGAGGAAAAUGGUAUUCGGUAUAAAAGAAAAUGUUAUUCCGAAGGAGUAGUAGACGAUGGUAAUAAUUUAGUAGCCGACAAUAGCGCUAGUGAAACAAGUGUAGAAAUGGACAUUGAAACCGAUUGUGCAGAUUUUAAAAUAGCCUCAGCUAAAUUACAGGAUGACGAUUGCAACCGUAAUUAUUUAACUGAUGCCUCAUUAUGUGAUUUGAAUUUCGAUAAGUUAAAAUUAGAUUCCACUGUUUCAACUUCGAAAAAAACUCAAGUAUUAAAGUUUGAUGAGAACGAUAAUGAUAAUGAUAACAUUAAUUAUGAUGAUUUAAAUUUAUGUGAUGAUAACUCUAAAGAAGUAACAAACGAAUUUUUGAAUAAAUUAGAAAUGCGACCGACUUGUUUCGAUGAAAUUGAGAAAAAAAUAAUUUAUUUGCGUGAAAAAAAUAAGUCAGCCGGACGAAUCGAAAGCGGACAAGGAGAUGGGCCAGUUUCUACGGAUAAAAAAUUGAACCCAAUAAAAUAUGUUGCAGCUUGUGGUGUCAUUAAAUCAGCUCGUUUUUUCACCGCUAAACAAAUACGUAAAGACUUACGUCAACGUCAGUGUCGUCUUCAAAUAGCUUAUUCAAACAAAGAGAUAAAUUCAAAAUUAUCUACUAAAACUGAAUCAACACAAACAGGAAGAGGAACUGGUGGUAAUGACACUGAGACGAGUGCAAUGGAACUCGAUGAUAUUAAUAGUAAUAGUAGUAAACUAUUGAGCUUACAUGAUAUUAGAAAAUUGAGUAACAAACUAGUCUCUCGUGAUGAAAACGCAAACGAUCCUGAAGGCUGUUAUUGUGAUGAUCGUAAUAAAUUUUUACGAUGCUUGGAGUUGGAGAUCAUUGACAACGUCAAGGUCAAUCAGAAUGAUUUUGUUACGCCGAAAUACAAAAGACAUCAGUUGACAUUCGACAAAAGCCCCAAGAGAUUAUUCAAUGGAAUUGAAACCGGCCGCGGUUUUGUAUUUAAUUAUACCAUACAUUUAAUUAUUUACGAAAGCAACACCAAGUGUCGGCUCAAUCUCUCCAAUGAAUUUGAUUGUUAGAAAAUUUUUUAUAUCAACGGAUCUUUAAUUUCAUUAUAUUCGUUAUUUAUUUUUUCUUUAAUUUUUUUUUUUUUUUUUAAUUAAAGCGACCGGAUCGUUGAUAUUUAUUAUUAUUUUUUUUUUAUUUAAAGUUAAUACAUUUGUGAUACUAAUUAAAAUAAAAUAGUAGACAUUAAUACAAAUGUAAUUAAAGAAUAAUUAAUCAUUAUCGUUUAAAGACUUGAGUAAUUAAAGAAGAAAAAAAUAGGUUGAGUAAUGAUAAAGAAAAAAGUAAUUAUCAAAGUUAAGGUCAUGUUAUUUUUAGAAAAAAAAAGUCAUAAUUUUAUGUAAUUAUUUGAAUACUUUGUGAGUUGUGAGACAAAACAAUAUCUUAAAAUAACUGUGCUAAUUUUAGCAGAUUAUUUUCCAUUUACUCAUCUUUCAGUUUCUUCUCCGUUAACUUUUUUUUUCAUUAUUAUUUAUAGAAAUAGUUAUUAAUUAUUAAUUGCGAUUUUAUAAGUACAUUUGC